AUGUGGAAGGGUCGGCCUGUAAACUAUAUCAACGAGCAUCCAUGCUAUCUUCACCCUCAAGACAACAAGACAUUUGUUCGAAUCAACUUCCCGAGUGGACCUCCUGACGCUGCCAGUCUGAGGGACUCGCAGGGUAAACCGGAAGAAUACACCCCAGAAGUGACAGAGGCCUACCAAUUCUUCCUCCAGAACGGUCACUUCAAAGAUGGCAAGAUCCCUGUUGUACCUCCACAGCGAGAGUGGAUCAACUUUGAUUUCUAG